AAUGAGUUCUACAAAUGAUCAAAAACCUGCUGUUUCUUUUUCUCAAAUUGAAGCAACAUCAAAUCAAACAUUAAAACAAAAUUCCUCACAGAAUGCUGGACAAGAAAAGAGUUCGAAUUCUGCAAGUGGAACAAAUUUGGGAAUUAAAGAAAAUUCUCACAAUCAAAAUAGCAGUAAUUCUUUGAGUCAAGGGGAAUGGCUUCCUUCAUCUAUUCAUUUAUGUGCUUACCAUGAUUGCAAUUCUUUGGCCAAUGCUUGGAGUUUAGGUCUAAACGUGUCCAGUCUGAAUGGGCCAACGGGUGCUUCACAGGCUCAGAGUCCAUCUGAAGAUGAUGCAGGUGAUGGAAAGUCAAACGAUUUACUCGUCUCUUGUCCAGCAUUUAGAAACGAAUUGGGUGUUGAACCUGUUAGAAGAAUUGCUCUCUCUAGGCAUACUUGUCAUCAAAAUACCUCAGGAAAAUCACAAGCUUCUCCAAAUAAAUCUGCUGAAGAAGAAAGUCUUCAAACAAGACAUAGAGAACAUAUAGCUUCUGAAAUUGGUGUACUUGAGGAUGUUUCUAAUGUAUAUUUGGGUGGUAAACUUUGUUCUGAUAGGCAAUCCAAAAUUGUUGUUGAACCCCAAGAUAUGGGAAGCUAUUAUUAUAGGCAUUGUUUUGUUGGAAGAAUUCACAUUGAAUAUUGUGGAAUGGAUGAGACAUUGGGACCAUGUGUUGUAUCAAUGGUUAGAGAAGAGACUAAAGACGGGUCUAGCCAGCAUAAUAUUUAUCGUCUCGUCCUUCGGAUAAGCGAUGUUUUAACAAUGCGUGUUUCUGUGCCAGAGGAGGCACUUUCUGAUGCUCAAGAUCGCAGUACUCGUUCUUUAAUGCGUGAAUUGCUUGAUAUUGUCUGUCCUCAAAUUCAUUUUGCCUCUCUUAGACCAACCACGAAUAUUCAAAAAGUGGAAGAACUUUUACUGAAAAUAGAUGAACAACCAAUCUAUACAAGAUAUAAAGUUGGGGUUUUGUAUUGUAAAGAUAACCAAUCUACCGAAGAACAGAUGUAUAAUAAUGAAAAUUCUUCUCCACAUUUUGAAGAAUUUCUUGAUUUUCUUGGCACUCGAGUAAAGCUCAAAGGUUUAGAUGCCUUCAAAUAUAAAGGUGGCUUAGACACAAAAGGAAAUACUACAGGAUUAUAUAGUAUUUAUACUGAACACCAUUCUGCUCAGAUUAUGUUACAUGUUUCUACAAUGCUCCCAUUUACUCCAAAUAAUAAACAACAGUUGGCAAGAAAGCGACAUAUUGGCAAUGAUAUGGUUACAAUAAUUUUUCAAGAGCCAAAUGCAUUGCCUUUUUCGCCAAUAACAGUCAGAUCACAUUUUCAACACGUUUUUAUUGUUAUACGUGUAUCCAAUCCACUUACGGAAAAUGUUAGUUAUAGAGUUGCUGUCGCUCGUGCCAAAGAUGUACCUGCAUUUGGACCUCCAGUUUCUUCAAGUGCUGUAUACCAGAAAAGUACCCAUUUCCAUGACUUUCUGAUCACUAAAAUAAUAAAUGCAGAAAAUGCUGUUCAUAGAUCUCGUAAAUUUGCUUCAAUGGCAGCUCGGACAAGAAGGGAGGCAUUAAAAGAUUUGGUUGAAAAUUAUGCAGCUACACAUCACUCUAACGAGGGAGCAUCUAGAAUUGCGUCAAGACUCUUAGGAGGAGGUGGGUCGGUGAAACGCCGCGAGAGAAUUGUGCCCAAGCCUGUCUUGGAUUCUGGACUACGUGGCGCUCUUUCAUGGCAAGUGGAAGUCUUCGAUCAUUCUCUGAAUCAAAGAAUGCCUGCUGUACUCGGGCUUUCCGCUGAUAACUUGGUCAUUUUGGAUGUUCCAUCAGGUCUUGUAAUUUUUGCUACACCAACACAUUCUAUUUUGGGUUGGAUACAAAUAGCAGAUAAUGGGUUGAAAAUUUUCUAUGAUCAUGGUGAUAUUAUUCGACUUUGGUGCCCUUCUCCAGAUGGAAGUGAAAGAGAAAUUGGAUUUCUGGUAAAAAGGCUGGUUGCUGUCACAAUUGGUGAUGAAGCAAAAGAGGUGGGAUAUUAUUACUUUCAUAAGAUAAUAAUUUUUAGGUAAUUCUUCGAAAAACAAAACCUUCAGAAUCUU